GCUGCACCAGCUUUAUCCUACUUGUUCCUUUGGUGAACCAGGUUCACUUAAACUUGUAAAAAGAUGACAGACCUCUUGAGAAGUGUUGUCACUGUCAUUGAUGUUUUCUACAAAUACACCAAGCAAGAUGAGGAAUGUGGUACACUGAGCAAGGAUGAACUAAAGGAACUUCUGGAAAAAGAGUUUCGUCCAAUUCUGAAGAACCCAGAUGAUCCAGACACAGUGGAUGUCAUCAUGCACAUGCUGGAUCGAGAUCAUGACAGAAGAUUGGACUUUACUGAGUUUCUUUUGAUGGUAUUCAAGCUGGCUCUGGCCUGCAACAAGGUUCUCAGCAAAGAAUACUGCAAAGCUUCAGGGUCAAAGAAACAUAGGCAUGGUCACCAACACCAAGAGGAAGAAAGUGAAACAGAAGAGGAUGAAGAGGAUACACCAGGACGUAAAUCAGGUUACAGACAUUCAAGUUGGAGUGAGGGAGAGGAGCAUGGAUAUAGUUCUGGGGGCUCAAGGGGAACUGUGAAAUGUAGACAUGGGUCCAACUCCAGGAGGCUAGGAAGACAAGGUAAUUUAUCCAGCUCUGGGAACCAAGAGAGAUCUGAGAAAAGACACCAUAGGUCCAGCUCUGGUCACUCAUGGAGUAGUGGCAAAGAGAGACAUGGUUCCAGCUCUGGAGAACUGGGAGAAAGAAUAAACAAGUCACAUGUUAGCCCUUCUAGGGAAUCUGGGGAAGAAUAUGAAUCUGAAUGUGGAUCAAAGAGUUGGGGAAGGAAAGGUCAUGGUGGUCUGUCACGUGGAUUGGAGACUAGUCAGCAUGAAUCAAACUGUACUCAGUCAAGAAGUAGAGGACAAAAGCUUGAGUAUAACUGUUCAGUUUCGGGAGGUAGUGGGAGGCAAAGUCAUGCAUGUGGUUAUAGCAAUUCGGGUGGGUGUGGAAGGCCACAAACUGCUUCUAGUUCUCGUCAGUCACAUAGAUUUGGAGGGCAAGGAUAUCAAUCUAGCUGUACUCAGUCAGGCUGUCAGUCAGAAAUUAAUGGAGGACAAGGCCAUGGCUGUGUCUCAGGAGGUCAGCCCUCUGGAUGUGGUCAACCUGAGUCUAACUCCUGUGGCCAGUCCUAUAGUCAGAGAGCUUAUGGAGCUAGAGAACAUGGUCAACCACAGAACUGUGGAGGACAACAGAGAACAGGCACAAGUCAAUCCUCUUGUGGACAAUACAGGUCUGGAGGUAGUCAGUCUUGUAGUAAUGGUCAACAUGACUAUGGUUCCUGUGGCCACUUUUCAAACUCUUCUAGUUCAAAUGAAUUUUCCAAAUGUGGUCAACAUGGGUCUGGUUCAGAUCAGUCUACUAGCUGUGAACAACAUGGAACAGGCUUGAGUCAAUCAUCUGGCUUUGAACAACAUGUAUCUGGCUCAGGUCAAACUUGUGGCCAACAUGGGUCUAGGUCAAAUCAAUCCUCAGGCUAUGACCAGCAUGGGUAUAGCUCAGGUCAGACAUCUGGCUUUGGACAACAUGGGUCUGGCUCAGGUCUGUCCUCUGGCUUUGGACAAUGUGGAUCAGGUUCAGGUCAAUCGUCUGGCUAUGGCCAACAUGGAUCAGGCUCACAUCAGUCCUCUGGCUUUGGACAGCAUGGGUCAGGCUCAGGACAAUCUUCUGGCUUUGGACAGCAUGAGUCUAGAUCAAGUCAGUCUAGAUAUGGUCAACAUGGUACUGGCUCAAGUCAAUCAUCUGGCUAUGGUCAACAUGGGUCAAGUUCAGGACAG